UUUCAAUCCUCUCCUCUUCCCCUUCUGUGAAACGUUAAUGGGUAGCCCGCAGUCCAAUUUACCUCCGGGCUUUAGAUUCCACCCUACCGAUGAGGAGCUCGUUCUUCACUAUCUCAGCAAGAAGGUAGCCUCUCUGCCCUUGCCAGUCUCCAUCAUUGCCGAGGUUGAUAUCUACAAGUUCGAUCCCUGGGACUUACCGGAGAAGGCAGCGUUUGGGGAUAAGGAAUGGUACUUUUUCAGUCCUCGAGACCGCAAGUACCCGAACGGGGCGAGGCCAAACAGGGCAGCUGCUUCAGGGUACUGGAAGGCGACAGGGACUGAUAAGACCAUAGUGGUGUCGUUGCCGGGAGGAGGAACGGCGGAGAGCAUGGGGGUGAAGAAGGCUCUGGUGUUCUACACCGGAAGACCCCCCAAGGGCGUCAAGACUAACUGGAUCAUGCACGAGUAUCGUCUCCUCGACAACACCAGAAACAAACCCAUCAAGUUCCAAGACUCUUCCAUGAGGCUUGAUGACUGGGUUCUUUGCCGAAUUUACAAGAAGUCCAAGUAUGCUGAAUCUCCCACUGCAGAAACAGAAACCUUGACGGCCGACCAAGAUCUAGCUGAAGAGCAUAUUGUGUUAUUACCAGGCUCUCAGUCUCCCCCUUCUCAUCAAAACACUCUGACUUCUCAGAAAUCAUUGUCUUUCUCGAACCUGUUAGAUGCCACGGACUUCUCCAUGUUGAGCAGCUUAUUAUCUGACAACUAUUCGACCCCGCCUGGGUUUGAAUCAGUUCCUGCCGCGAAUUCGAACUCUGAAAUUCUCAAUCCGGAUCAACAAUCAUACCAAAACACUAAUACCAACAACAGCUGCUACCUCCAGAAAACCCUCCAUUUGAACCCCUCCGUCCAAAACAUGGAAAACAACACGCGCAAGCGUCAGAUUUCUAGCAUAGAUGAGGAUUUCUCGUACCCAUCAAAGAAGUACCUGAGCUCUUCCUGCAGCUUCCCUAAUAACAGCACGACCCAGCUCCAGAACCCACAAUGGAACUUCCUCCUCAAGCAGUCGUUGUUGAACCAGCAGUUACUGCUGGGUCCUCAUCUUGGCUUUCAGGGAUAAAUCUACACACUUCAAAAGCAAAAAUAAUGAUGAAGUAUUUUAGGAGGAGAUAAUUAGUAAAAUAUCCAGAAGCCGAGCCCACAUCCAGGGCAGCACAUCGUCUGAUCUAUCCGCGCAUUACGUAUGGAUCAGUACGAAAAAAAAUUAGGUGUCUUUUUUUCGGUGUUAGCUAGAAAAUGGUGAGGAUAAUUAAAAUGGACAAGAGGACUGUUGAAAUGAUGAGGAAUUCAAAGGUAAGAAUCUAGCGUCAAGCGUGAAGGAACUGUAAUCUCCUGGCUCGAUGACGGGUCGAAAAUGAUUCGUGUACAAAAUUAAUUAACGGUAGUAAUUUGUAUGCGGUGGGUAGGCAGGUAAGCUUGACAAGAUACCUGUAGAUAAGGGAUUGCUGAAUGCUGAUUGUGAAUUGUGAUGUUAUGUCAUUUGUCAUUCUUUUUCCAUGAGGAAAA